GUUCCUUAGAACACUAAAAAAUAUUACAAUGGAAGACUUUCUACGCCCAAAUGAAACUUCGGACCAGUUCUAUACACGGUGUACAAACUUGAGUGUGUUCGACUGCAGUGAAGAUGAGAUGCUCUGGUGUAUGAUGGGUCCCCGGCGGCUGCCGCUGUCCCGCAUUGUGCCCAUCACGGGGUGCCUGCUGCUCAUCUUCGUGACGGGGGUGGUAGGCAACGUCGCGGUGUGUGUCGUGAUAGUGAGGCACCCUGCGAUGCACACUGACACUAACUACUAUCUCUUCAGUUUGGCGCUCAGUGAUCUGUUGCUACUACUCUUCGGGCUACCAAACGACCUGUCCGUGUACUGGCACCAGUACCCCUACAGCCUCGGGGUGGUGUUCUGCAAGCUCCGAGCUCUCAUCUCAGAAGCGGCGUCAUACGUGUCAGUACUUACAAUAGUGGCGUUCACACUAGAACGCUACUUGGCCAUCUGUCACCCUCUGCAUAUCUACGCUGUGGCGGGGCUUCGACGCGCACUGCGGAUCGUGUUGUCUUUAUGGGCACUGUCCUUACUUGCCGCUUCUCCCUUCGCGCACUACACUACCGUCAACUACCACGACUACCCACCCGCAUCAGGCAACGCGUCGCUGGAGUCGGCGUUCUGCGCGAUGCUGGAACUGCCCUCGUGGCACAUCUGCGAGCUGAGCAGCUUCUUCUUCUUCCUGCUGCCCGGCCUGCUCAUCCUCUGCCUCUACGUCAGGAUGGGGCUGCGCAUCAGGUCCACGCACACCCACACCCCCGGUAGCCCGGGCACGCUGAACGGAGUCAACGGCAGCGUGCACGGCGAGGCGCGACAGGCGCAGUCCCGGAAGAACAUCAUUCGGAUGCUGGCUGCAGUGGUGAUAGCCUUCUUCGUGUGCUGGGCGCCCUUCCACUUCCAACGCUUGUUCUUCAUCUACGGCACCGACGUGAGGCACUACCACACCAUCAACGAGUAUCUAUUCCUGGCCGCUGGAGUCUUCUACUACAUCUCGGCUACCGUCAACCCGAUCCUAUACAACAUCAUGAGCCACAGAUACAGAAUAGCCUUCAAAGAAACCUUAUGCUGCAAGAGAGUACGCAGAAAGAAGAGUCGCUACCGAGACCACUCCAGCAUCAGGGAAACCAUGGUGAACCACACUUCCGACGGCACCCAUCUAGUGCGGGUCAGGUCCCAGAGCCACGAGCGCAGAAGUCGAACUGAGCACCGCGCGAGGCGGAGCAGCUUCUGCGCCAGUGAUAGCAGCAACAUAUACAGCGAGAGAUGGAGGGAGUAUAAUAGAAGAGAGACUUGUGUGUGGAGGAAGAACAACACGGAGGCUAGCCAGCUGAUGCUGAAGGAUUACAGUCGGAGAUACGACUGUGAACUGUAAAGCGUCGCCAUUUUAAAAAACACGUCCGCCUUCGUCGGUGGUCGAAUGUUAACUGCGUGUUUUGUACGGGAUUUUAAAAGCCGUUUAUAGAAUUCAAGUGAAUAUGUCAAAGCAAAAUGGACCUAACGGUUGUUGAUUUAAAAUGAAAAAUUCAGUAUCACCGACUUUUAUACCAUAAGGUUUCCACUUGUCGCGCUGGCUGUAGAUGUAUGCACGAACUUGAGCUUUAAUACAAAGGUGUUAUGAUUCAUUUUACUUGAACACUAAAGUGUUUUGAUACUCGAAUUCUAUCAACGUU